GCUGCUCACUGGAGUCGCACGUGCGUCGACUUCCUCUUGGUCGUUCCUCCAUUCCCUCUCUGUCGGCUGGGGCGUGAACGUUUUGGCGGAUGGCGUGUGAUGUCACGUUGAGGAGUUGUUUCUUUCCGGACUUGCUGCUGAGACGAAGAUGAAGGUGUUGAGCCUGCCUGUGAGGACUGGCUUCCUGCGGUUGGGCCCGGGGGCUAGGCCUAAAUAUAGACCACGAGGGAAAGAGCCAAAGACAGUGACCGGAGAAGAGCAUCCUUCCUGGGUCGCAAGGAGGCGGGAGAAGGAGAAGAUUUGCCGGUCCCGCUUCCGGGGGAAGAUCAUCAAGUUCGACUCCGAGGGGAUCCCCGUGCUGUGCUACAACCACAGGCGGAACUUCCCGAAGGUGAAGUCGCUCUCCCAGCAGGGCCCCGAGGGCAACGAGAGACGCGUCGAGGCCCCCAAGACGAAGAAGGGGAUCCAUCCCUCCUGGGCCGCCAAGAAAGAGUUGCGGAAGAAGAAGAAAGAAGAGAGGAAACUGCAGAGAAUGCAGGAAACGGGCAUCAUGCCCUUCCAAGGCACGAGGAAGGUGUUUCAGGAUUGACUAAAGAAGUCUGUGAUAUGAUGAAUGUCUGUCCCAAUUUUCAUUCCUCGUAAUUGUCUAUGCCAUUCUGUAUUGUCAAAUGAAGGGGGUAAAAGUGCAGACUCAGACACUGAAAGACAAACAUCAUUUAUUGCUAGUGAUGCACAUACCGG